CUCCCGCCGCCCGCCGGAGCCUCUCCCGGCGCCCGCUUUAUAUAGCCUCGCGCUGCCCGACUCCGCACACUCCUCCCGACUCACAGCUCAUCACCGCAUCAGCACCGACACCGCAAUGGCUGCCAAGUUCCUCGUUCUCUUUGCCUUAGUGGCUGUGUGUUCAGCGCGCCUCGUGCGUCGCGACGCCGAGGGCGCGUCGCCGCUGGACGCGCUGCAGAAGCAGGCCAGCGAGUUCGGCAAGACCUUCAGCGAGCAGCUCAACUCGCUCGCCACCUCCAAGAACACACAGGAGUUCAACAAGGCGCUCAAGGAGGGCUCCGACUCUGUGCUGCAGCAGCUGUCCGCCUUCUCGCAGUCGCUGCAGGGCGCCCUGAACGACGCCAACGGCAAGGCCAAGGAGGCACUGGAGUCGACCCGCAGCAACCUGGAGCGCACCGUGCAGGAGCUGCGCAAGUCGCACCCGGAGGUGGAGCAGCAGGCCAACGAGCUGCGCCAGAAGCUGCAGGCCGCUGUGGAGUCCACCGUGCAGGAGACCCAGAAGCUUGCCAAGGAGGUGGCCGCCAACAUGGAGGAGACCAACAAGAAGCUGGAGCCGCAGAUCAAGAAGGCCUACGAGGACUUCACCAAGGAAGUCGAGCAGGUGCAGAAGAAACUGCACGAGGCCGCCAACAAGCAAUAGGCUCUGUCUCUCCCACCACAUUUAUACUAUUAAUUAUAAUAACGAAAAUAUAGCUUUUAAUUCUUA